AGAAGGUUUGUAUCUAGUCCGUAUUUUUCCCUAGCCCGAUAUUUCUUGUUUUCAUGAUUUCUCCCCAUUCUUGGUAAUUCUUGUCCAUUAUAAUCUUGGUGAAGCUCAUCAUUAGGAUCUCCUUUAUUUGUAAGAGUCAGCUAAAUUCUACUAAGUUGCCUCAAAUACAAAUAGAACAAAAGUGUUAUUUGUAAGUGAACUUUUUUCGUUGUCCCUCCUCUGUUUGUUUGUUCCCCUGUUAAUACAUAGAGAGACUCAACAUACAUUCAAUAUCGAUCUAUCUACCUCUUGCUAGAUCAUCAUCUCCUUACGAGCAAGUUCUGGAACUUCUUUUCUGAAGCUUACUCUAUUUCAAACCUCCUCAAGAUGGGUCGUGCUUCGCAAGGGGGCGGUGGUGCCGAGGAGAGCAACAACAUCAAGGUGUGCAUUCGUUGUCGGCCGUUCAUUGACCGUGAACAGGGUGAAAAAUGCAUCAUCAGAAUGCCCGAAAAAGCCGUGCUGGAGGUGCUGGAUGAGGACAACAACCCCCUACGUUUUGGUUAUGAUCGGUGCUACUGGAGCCACAGCAAGAAGGACGAACAGAAUGGCUUCGCGGAUCAGAACACACUGAUGUCAGAACUCGGCAUGGAGUUGUUAGAAAACGCAUUGGCUGGUUACAAUGAUACGCUAUUCGCCUACGGACAAACGGGUGCGGGGAAAACAUGGUCAGUGAUCGGAGGGAAGGAUAUGAACGUCGAUGCAGGUACUCAAAUACCCUGAAAAAUUUUUAGUAUCUAUCGUCAUUCGAUAGGGAUACAAUCAGUGUCUGCCUAGUAUUGGAAAACUAGUACUUUAUCGUUAUAUCUGGAUCUGGUGCAGCUUGUUUCGUGGUUUUCAUUCUUAAGUGAAGCAAGAGAGAGAGCACAGAAAAAUAACACUAACCCUACAAAAAUCAAAAUGACCAGGUCUGCUUCCUCGUAUGUGCAACCAAGUGUUUAUUAUGUUGACCGCGCGGAAAAAGGAGGAGGCCGACUGGAAUUUCCAAGUCAAGGCGAGUUAUCUCGAAAUUUACAAUGAUAAACUUCGCGACUUGCUGAACCCAGAAGAGGCAGGCGAAAAAAAGAAACAAUUGGAGGUCCGUCAGCAUCCUAAGUUUGGUAUUUACGUGCCUGGCUUGUCGGAGUGCGCAUCUGCUAGUGCCGAAGACAUCAUGGAAUUGAUGGAAUUCGGAAUGAAAGCACGUUCUGUCGCCGCCACCAGUAUGAACGAUCGAAGUUCACGUUCUCAUUGUAUUUUCUCCGUCCUUGUCGCGCAGAUUAAGGGUGCAGAUCCAGAGAAACCCGACUCGUUGUUGAGGUCCAAGAUCAACUUGGUGGAUUUAGCCGGUUCCGAACGACAGAAGAAAACCAACGCCACGGGAGACCGUCUCAAGGAAGGUGCGCAGAUUAACCAAUCCCUCACUUGUUUGGCUCUAGUGAUUCACGCACUGGCGAAAGCGUUUUCGAAAUCAGAAGAGGACAAGAAGAAAAAGAAGCACGACGAUUUUAUUCCCUUCCGAAACAGUACUUUGACGUACUUGUUGCAAGAAUCUCUGAUCGGAAACAGCAAGACCGUGAUGAUCGCAGCUGUCUCUCCAGCUAGGUCGAACUUUGAUGAGACAAUGUCCACUUUGCGUUUCGCCAACAGUGUGAAGCAGGUCCAAACCCAAGCAGUGGUAAAUCAGAUGUCCGAUGCUAACAUUAUUGCACAACUGAAAGCCGAAAUUGCAGCUCUGAAAGCAGGGGCUUUUGGAGGUGCUGCGGGAGGGCCGGAUCCAAAUGCGGAAGCAAAUGGCGAAGCAGGUGGAGUACCCGGAGCAGGACCCGGAACGGGGGGACCCGGUCGCCCAGCGCCUCUCGACUCCGAAACGCAGGAGCAGUUGCAAAUGUUGCAAGAACUCGUGGGGCAAUAUGGUAGACUUUUAUGUUUUAUCUCAACAUGGUCAUGUUGGUCAUUGUCAUUGUCACAAAUAGCCUAUAAGUUUUAUUGGACUUCUUGGUCGUCCGGUACUGUUUGCCUUCCUAGCCCUCCCAGUCUCCGCUAGAAGAACAGCGUAUGAUCCUCGCAAAUCUUCCCUCUCACAGCUCCCCCAAACAAACAUGCGCACUAUUUUUAGGCCGCAACUUCAAGGAUGAGAUCGAAGCUAGUAGGAAGAUGGACGUGAUGCGACAGCAAGCCCUACAAGAUAUGGGUUUGAGCGGGAAAGGCCUUGCUAGUGCGAUGAACAUGAACCCCAAUACGCCAUAUUUGGUCAACGUGGCAGACGAUCCGAGCUUGAGUGGGUGCCUGGUCUACUUCAUUCCGAUCAACGAGGUCGUGACAGUAGGAAGCAAUCCGAAUUGCACGAUACAAUUGAAAGGUACAACUGACAACUUACGGGGAAACUGUUGUAGUAAGAAGAAGAAGAUUAAGAUUAGUAAAGUAAUGUACAAGAGCUGACUUACAGGGAUGAAACUGUUGUAGUAAGAAGAAUAGGAGUAGUAAGAAGAUAAGGCUGUCUGUGCCUCGAUUUCGAUCGUGAUGACAUUCAGACUUUGUAUGUAACUUGGAUGAGCUUAUUUAGGUUAAUUAUUUGAUUGAAAGGGUGGCGGCAUAUAGUCCUAACGCAAAAAAAAAAAAAUCUACGGGUGUUAGGAAUGACACUAACAGGGGCAUACACAUGGCAUAAAGCAACUCUUGUCGUGUUUUUACACCAAACGCGUACUACACAGUACUCCUGCUCAACUAGUUUAGGGUUUAGGGUUCCAUGUUUUUCGUACCCCAAAUUCAAACCAUUCCAAGUGGAUUUCUACCACGCUAAUUUGGCAAAAAGCUCCAAUGACAACCAUUCCAAUCGCGACCAGGUCUCGGCAUCCACGGAGAAAUGUGCCAACUUAUCAACUUCAACCACACCCGCGUCCACGUAAAACCCAUCGCCGAUGCCAGCGGCAAAUUUGGCCGAUUGUGUCGUAAUGGACGCGCAAUAGGCAAUUUGCCUGUCACUUUAGAGACCCGUGACCGCUUCAUGGUGGGUCAUACGCACAUCUUCAAGCUCGUUGUUCCUUCGGCGCAGAAAAACAAGAACAAGAUCGGUGCUGCGCAGGAAGAACAGGAUGCCUUACUAGAGGAACACUUGAGCGAGAUCAUUGAUAAUUCCUCUGAAGAGUUUAUCCAAGCUAAAUUGUUCGUGGAAUCUGUAGCUGAUCGAAUUGGCGAAGACGCAGCCCAAAACUUCCUAACCAGUUUCGCCCAAGCCUUACCCCUAGUCCAGGAAGCGAACGACAUUUGCCACGAAUUGAGGGCUAAUGACCAGCUGGUCUUGCGACUGGACGCAGCUUCCGAUAUCAUGGGUUUCGAAGGUAGUGAACCGAUGCUCUGUGUCCGCUUGUGGAAAAAAGAACCUGCGACCGCAAAAAUGAAGCGUGUUUUUAAGCGUGUGGUGCAGAACAAGAAAAUGAAGAAAUCCGUAGCUUCGAUCGCGACGUACCUGACUGGCGUGAACACAGGCGCAGAUGGCGAAAUCGAUUUAUAUUCGGAUGGCAUGAUAGAGGGCGCUCGAGCGCAAUUACUAGCUUUAUGGAGUUGGCGUUCCUUUUUAGUGCGUCUAGCAGGAAUGCGAACUCUGUACGACGAUUUCAUGGCAUCAGGCGACUCGGCUGUCCAGAGGGUCAUUGGAACGCAUAGCGAUCCUUGGGGUGAAGUCUCAUACCUAGACAUUGCGCAGAUAGACACCGAGACAAACCAUACAAAUGGAAACUCCGUCUUAGUCGAACAAUUGCAGCAAAGGUUAGCCGAAACGGAGAAAGAGUUGAGUGCUUUGCGGAAAGGUAAGAGGGGUAGGCGGUCGAGCAAAUACAGUGAGGAGGAUUCUUUUCGAGGAGACAGAAAUAGUGGAACGGAUGACUUUUCGCCGCCCUCAAGGCGGUCAUCGCAAACAAGGAGUCAAGAGGCAAAAGCGCUCGCGACAGAAUUAUUGUCAGAAUUGAGGAAUAUGAAGCGUGAAUUGCACGCGUGGAGAUGAUGCAAAUCGAGGUUUGAAAUUUCGUUGUUAGGGUUAGAAAUACAAGUAAUAGUACGUGCUGAUAUCACAACUCAGUGGUGGAGAUACCGUAUUGUUGAUUGUAGAGCUUCAACUUUUUCAGUGAAUGAACAGAACUUCUGGACCUGAUUGCUCUGUGUCUUUUUUAUUUCAAGAAAUCAAAAAAGAUAUCUUCAGGCACUGAGGUCGCAGUUUUGUACAGCUGGCCACUACCUCAUAAGCACUGUGGUAGUACAGUAUCUACUACGCUGCAGAAGAUGCAAGAGAAAUUUGUUGACUUUAACCCACUAAACGCAAACAUUAUAAGAAAAUGUUAAACAGUAGAAAGUGGAUUCAUG